UUAAAUUAUUGUAUAUAUAAAAUUCUAUCCUCUUUUUAUCUCUUAGCAGACCAAUGGUCUCUUGUGCUCUAUGUGAUUUUUGAAGAAGAAAAACACAAAGAAGGGUUCUUUAUAUUUCAACCUUAAAAGAUGAGGGGAAGUCUUUGGUAUCUUGGGCAAUCGAUUACACGCCAUCUUGCUCAAGCUGACAAGAAGGCUGUAGCACGACGGUUCUUUGCUUCAGAGGCUGAUCUGAAAAAGACUGUUCUUUAUGACUUCCAUGUUGCUAAUGGUGGGAAGGUGGUCCCAUUUGCUGGAUGGAGCAUGCCGAUUCAGUACAAGGACUCAAUCAUGGACUCUACAGUUAACUGCAGGCAGAACGGUGGACUCUUUGAUGUAUCCCAUAUGUGUGGGCUUAGCCUCAAGGGAAAGGACUGUCCUUUCCUCGAAAAGCUCGUCAUUGCUGAUGUGGCUGGACUAACACCUGGAACGGGAACACUAACCGUCUUUACAAAUGAGAAGGGAGGGGCAAUUGAUGAUUCUGUGAUCACCAAAGUGAAGGAUGAUCACUUAUACCUGGUUGUGAAUGCAGGCUGUAGGGAUAAAGAUCUGGCACACAUUGAAGAGCAUAUGAAGGCAUUCAAGUCCAAAGGUGGCGACGUCUCAUGGCACAUCCACAAUGAGAGAUCUCUUUUGGCUCUCCAGGGUCCUCUUGCUGCCCCUGUUCUUCAACAUCUGACAAAGGAUGAUCUGAGUAAGCUGUAUUUUGGGGAAUUCCGCAUAUUGGAUAUUAAUGGUGCAACAUGCUUUCUCACUCGGACUGGGUACACUGGUGAGGAUGGAUUUGAGAUCUCAGUUCCAUCUGAAAAUGCUUUGGAUCUUGCUAAAGCAAUCUUGGAGAAAUCUGAAGGGAAGGUCAGGUUGACGGGCCUCGGAGCUCGGGACAGUCUCCGACUCGAAGCUGGGCUGUGUCUAUAUGGUAAUGACAUGGAACAACAUAUAACACCAGUGGAGGCUGGACUGACCUGGGCAAUUGGGAAAAGGAGGAGAGCAGAAGGUGGAUUCCUAGGAGCCGAGGUCAUCCUUAAACAACUCGAAGAGGGUCCGUCUAUCAGGCGUGUCGGCUUCACCUCAUCCGGACCACCUCCACGAUCCCACAGCGAGAUUCAGGACGAGAAAGGGAACAACAUUGGUGAGAUCACCAGUGGAGGAUUUAGCCCCUGCCUUAAGAAGAACAUAGCAAUGGGAUACGUGAAAUCUGGGUUACACAAGGCAGGCACCAAAGCUAAGAUUUUGGUAAGAGGAAAGGCCUAUGAUGGAGUUGUGACAAAAAUGCCUUUUGUACCAACAAAAUAUUACAAGCCAUCCUAAGCUCAAUUUGAUACUUCAGGCUCAGCUCCAACAUAAUUCGCCUUGUUUCAUGUUAUUGUGUUUGUUGUUUUAUAAACCUGAACCGCUGCAACUAAUACUAAUCUCCCGUUUUUCUGUUAA